AUGCAUAAACGAAAAGAAGAACAGACAAUUGAACAUUUUGCAACUGAAUUAAAACUAAAAGCUAUUAGUUGUGAGUAUGGGGAACUAGAAGAGUCCAUAAUACGGGACCAGCUAGUGUUGAAUGUCGGAGACCAAGGAUUGCAAGAGAGAUUAAUUAGUAUUCCAGAUAUGAAGCUUGAUAAAGCAAUAUUACUGAUAAAUCAGGUCGAGAAGACUAAAGAGCAGGUCCGACAAAUGAAUAAUGAAAAUAAAGCGGAAGUUGAUGUAAUUCAAUAUGGAAACAGACAAAAGAACUUCUCGAAGAAGAAAAAUAAUUAUUCAAAAUCGAGUUGGCAUGGAAAAACAAGUGAAAACCAAACACCCAGGUCAGAAACGAGUAACUCCAGUAAGUUAUAUGACUGUAUAAAAUGUGGAACAGAACAUGAACAAUUUAAAUUCCCCGCCUUUGGAUUAAGAUGUAAGAUUUGCGGCCGAAAAAAUCAUUUUGCAGCUGGUUGUUUUAGUAAAACAAAAUAUCUAAAAGUCCAAAUGGUCAUGCAAAGUGAAGAUUCAGAAACAGAUGAAGAAUCAGGUAUUCAUCACUUGGUGGGAAUAAAUUAA